AACAGUGACAACAGUGACAACAGUGACAACAGCCACAACAGUGACAACAGUGAGAACGGUGACAGCAGUGACAACAGCCACAACAGUGACAACGGUGACAACGGUGACAACAGCGACAACAGUGACAACAGCGACAACGGUGACAACAGUGACAACAGUGACAAGUGACAAAGGUGACAACCGUGACAUCGGUGACAACAGCCACAACGAUGACAAUGGUGACAACAGCCACAGCAGUGACAACAGCCACAACAGUGACAAUGCUGACAACAGUGACAACGGUGACAACAGCCACAACAGUGACAACAAUGAAAACAGUGGCAUAAAUGACAACGGUGACAACAGUGACAACCGUGAAAACAAUGACAACACAGACAAUGGUGACAAGCGUGACAAUCGUGACAACGGUGGCAGCAGUGACAACAGCCACAACACUGAAAACAGUGACAACGGUGACAACAGUGACAAUGGUGACAACAGCGACAAGGGUAACAAUAGUGACAACGGUGACAACAGUGAAAAUGGUGACAACGGUGACAACGUUGACAGCAGUGACAACAGCCACAACAGUGACAACAGUGAUAACGGUGAGAACAACGACAACAGUGACAACAGCGACAACGGUGACAAUGGUGACAACGGUGAAAACAGUGACAACAGCGACAACAGUGACAACGGUGACAACAGUGACAACCGCGACAACGGUCACAACAGUGAAAAAAGUGACAACGGUGACAACAGUGACAAAAGCCACAGCAGUGACGACAGCCACAACAUUGACAACAAAGACAACGGUGACAACAGUGACAACAGCUACAACAGUGAGAACAAUGACCACAGUGACAACAGUGACAAUAGUGACAACAGUGACAACAGUGACAACAGUGACAACAGUAACAACUGUGACAUUCGUAACAACAGUGACAAAAGUGACAACAGUGACAAAAGUGACAACAGUGACAACAGCGACAACGAUGACAACGGUAACAUUAGUGACAACAGCCACAGCAGUAACAACAGCCACAACUGUGACAAAAGUGACAACAGCCACAACAGUGACAACAAUGACAAUAGUGAUAAUAGUGACAACAGUGACAACCGUGAAAACAGUGACAACAGCAACAACGGUGACAACGGUGACAAAAGUGACAGCAGUGACAAGAGCCACAACACUGACAACAGUGACAACAGUGACAACAGUGACAACAGUUACAAAAGCAACAACAGUAAAAUCGGUGACAACAGCGACAACGGUGACAACUGUAACAACAGUGACAACGGUGACAAAAGUGACAACGGCGACAACGGUGACAACAGUGAAAACAGUGACAACAGUGACAGCAGUGACAAGAGCCACAACAGUGACAACGGUGACAGCAGUGACAACAGCCACAACAGAGACACCAGUGACAACGGUGACAAAGGUGAGAACAGCAACAACAGCGACAAUGUUGACAACAGUGACAAUGGUGACAACAGUUACAACAGUGACAACGGUGACAACAGCGACAACGGUGACAACAGUGACAGCAGAGACAACAGCCACAAAAGUGAGAACAGUGACACUAGUGACAACGGCGACAACAGUGACAACAGCGACAACGGUGACAACAGUGACAAUGGGGACAACAGUUACAACAGUGACAACGGUGACAACAGUGACAACCGCGACUACGGUGACAACAGUGACAACAGUGACAACAGCGACAACGAUGAAAACGGUGAAAACAGCCACAGCAGUGACAACAGCCACAACUGCGACAACAGUGACAAUGGUGACAACAGUGACAACAGUGACAACAGCCACAACAGUGACAACAAUGACAACAGUGGCAAUAGUGACAAUGGUGACACCGGUGACAACAGUAACAAGCGUUAAAACAGUGACAACAGCGAGAACGGUGACAACGGUGACAACAGUGACAACAGUGACAGCAGUGACAACAGCCACAACAUUGACAACAGUGACAACGGUGACAACAGUGAGAACAGCGACAACAGUGACAACAGUGACAACGGUGACAAUGGUGACAACGGUGAAAACAGUGACAACAGCGACAACAGUGACAACGGUGACAACCGCGACAACGGUCACAACAGUGAAAAAAGUGACAACGGUGACAACAGUGACAAAAGCCACAGCAGUGACGACAGCCACAACAUUGACAACAAAGACAACGGUGACAACAGUGACAACAGCUACAACAGUGAGAACAAUGACAACAGUGACAACAGUGAGAAUAGUGACAACAGUGACAACAGUGACAACAGUGACAAUAGUGACAACAGUAACAACUGUGACAUUCGUAACAACAGUGACAAAAGUGACAACAGUGACAACAGCGACAACGAUGGCAACGGUAACAUUAGUGACAACAGCCACAGCAGUGACAACAGCCACAACUGUGACAAAAGUGACAACAGCCACAACAGUGACAACAAUGACAAUAGUGAUAAUAGUGACAACAGUGACAACCGUGAAAACAGUGACAACAGCAACAACGGUGACAACGGUGACAAAAGUGACAGCAGUGACAAGAGCCACAACACUGACAACAGUGAUAACAGUGACAACAGUGACAAAAGCGACAACAGUGAAAUCGGUGACAACAGCGACAACGGUGACAACUGUAACAACAGUGACAACGGUGAGAAAAGUGACAACGGCGACAACGGUGACAACAGUGAAAACAGUGACAACAGUGACAGCAGUGACAAGAGCCACAACAGUGACAACGGUGACAGCAGUGACAACAGCCACAACAGAGACACCAGUGACAACGGUGACAAAGGUGACAACAGCAACAACAGCGACAAUGUUGACAACAGUGACAAUGGUGACAACAGUUACAACAGUGACAACGGUGACAACAGUGACAACAGCGACAACGGUGACAAAGGUGACAACAGUGACAGCAGAGACAACAGCCACAAAAGUGAGAACAGUGACACUAGUGACAACGGCGACAACAGUGACAACAGCGACAACGGUGACAACAGUGACAAUGGGGACAACAGUUACAACAGUGACAAGGGUGACAACAGUGACAACCGCGACUACGGUGACAACAGUGACAACAGUGACAACAGCGACUACGAUGAAAACGGUGAAAACAGCCACAGCAGUGACAACAGCCACAACUGCGACAACAGUGACAAUGGUGACAACAGUGACAACAGUGACAACAGCCACAACAGUGACAACAAUGACAACAGUGCCAAUAGUGACAACGGUGACACCGGUGACAACAGUGACAACUGUGAAAACAGUGACAACAGCGAGAACGGUGACAACGGUGACAACAGUGACAACAGUGACAGCAGUGACAACAGCCACAACAGUGACAACAGUGACAACGGUGACAACGGUGACAACAGUGAGAACAGCGACAACAGUGACAACAGCGACAACGGUGACAACAGUGACAACGGUGAAAGCAGUGACAGCAGUGAAAACAGCCACAACAGUGACAACGGUGACAACAGUGACAGCAGUGACAACAGCCACAACAGUGACAACAUUGACAACAGUGGCAAUAGUGACAAUGGUGACAACAGUGACAACCGUGAAAAGAGUCACAACAGCGACAACGGUCACAACGGUGACAACAGUGACAACAGUGACAGCAGUAACAACAACCAUAUCAAUGACAACAGUGACAACGGAGACAACGGUGACAACCGUGACAACAGCGACAACAGUGACAACAGCGACAACGGUGACAACAGUGACAACAGUCACAACAGCGACAAGGGUGACAACAGUGAGAACAGUGACAACAGUGACAGCAGUGACAACAGCCACAACAGUGACAACGGUGACAGCAGUGACAACAGGCACAACAGAGACACCAGUGACAAUGGUGACAACAGCAACAACAGCGACAAUGGUGACAACAGUGACAAUGGUGAUAACAGUUACAACAGUGACAACGGUGACAACAGUGACAACAGCGACAACGGUGACAACAGUGACAACAGUGACAACAGUGACAGUAGUUACAACAGCCACAAAAGUGACAACUGUGAGAGCAGUGACAACAGCCACAACAGUGACACCAGUGACAACGGUGACAACGGCGACAACAGUGACAACAGCGAUAACGGUGACCACAGUGAUAAUGGUGACAACAGUUACAACAGUGAUAACGGUGACAACAGUGACAACCGCGACAACGGUGACAACAGUCACAACAGUGACAACAGCGACAACGGUGACAACAGUGACAACAGCGACAACUGUGACAACAGUGACAACGGUGACAACAGUGACAACAGUGACAACAGCCACAACAGUGACAACAAUGACAACAGUCCCAAUAGUGACAAUGGUGACAACAGUGACAACCGUGAAAACAGUGACAAUAGCGAGAACGGUGACAACGGUGACAACAGUGAAAAUAGUGACAACAGUGACAACAGUGACAACAGCCACAACAUUGACAACAGUGACAACAGUGACAACGGUGACAACAGUGAC